AUGUCACAUCCCAAAAUCGCUAUCAUAGGCGCAGGGCCUGGAGGAUGCAUGCUCGCGCGCCUGCUGCACCAGUCCUCAAUCUUAUGUACUAUCUUCGAAGGGGAGACCUCUAUCAACUAUCGCUCUCAAGGCGGAACCCUCGAUCUUCGAAAUACCACAGGCCUCGCAGCUGUCAAAGCUGCCGGACUCUGGGAGCAGUUUCAACAACACGCACGCUAUGAUGGCGAGAGUCUCUUAGUAACUGACAAGACCCUGACUACGUGGGUGCGUCGAAAGCCAGGCAGCAAAGACGAUCAUAGCAAGCUGCAAGAAGCGCCAGAGAUCGAUCGCGCAGUGCUAAGAAAGAUGUUGAUCGAGAGCGUGCCCGCUGAAUGCGUGAGGUGGGGAUGGAAGCUCGCCUCUGUAAGAGAGACAGCCUCUUCGGGUCUGGAAUUGUGUUUCGCCAACGGUGAAGUGAUAUCUGGAUUCGAUUUAAUCGUCGGGGCAGAAGGGGCAUGGAGCAAGACACGAACCCUGCUCUCGCCCGACAAACCACAUUAUUCAGGUCUUGGGGGUUGGAGCAUGCAGAUCUCAGAUGCGGAAGUGGUUGCACCGGAGGCGUAUACCUUUGUGAACCGUGGCAGUAUCUUUUCGUACAGUGACGGGAAAGGAGUGGUUAGCCAGCAACUUGGUGACGGAAGCAUCAACGUCUCCUACUAUGGACCAUACCCUGAGGACUUUACCGAAAAAUGCGGGUUUGAUGCGGAAAACCUAAGCAUUGCAAAGCGACACAUGUUGAAAGAGCUGGAAGAGUGGGCACCUCAGCUGAGGAACCUAGUUGAAUCUGCAAACGAUCGACUCGUCUGGCGCAGUCUCUACGAACUACCCGUCGGUUGGACGUGGCCACACAAGAAAGGCAUCACGCUUCUAGGUGAUGCGGCACAUGUUAUGACGCCAUUCAGCGGGAUUGGAGUGAACGCUGCAUUCCACGAUGCGGUGGAACUUGCGAAGCAAAUUCUCGCAUUCACUACAUCAGAGGAACCCAUGGACCUAGAUGGCUACAUUGUACGCUACGAGAAGAAAAUGCUUGAGCACGCACAUCGAGCUCAAGCUCACACCGAGGGUUCAAAGACAGAUAUGCUCCUAACACCUGGCGCGCCACGAACUACCAUUGAGUCAUGGGUCCUGAGGCAUAUCAAGGAAAGUGCUCCAGCUUGGGCGCACCCACUUCUGACUGUCCUCGUGUACGCAGGCUAUUGGGUGUAUAAAUGGUUCGUUUGA